CGGUUCAAACAAAACAAAUAUGGCGUCCAGAAGAACAACAGGGGCAGCAAGUAGUUUUAAAAGCGUUUCCGACCAAAAAAGUUUGAAGAGUGGCAGCAAUACUGAUAAAGCCAACAACAGUGGAAAUGGGAAGAAAACUGUUAAAUCAGGUGGCACUAUUGUCAAGUCACGCUAUCUCCAAGCUGCUGAGAAAACAUCUCUUUCAAAGAGUAACUCACUGACCAAUGACUCGAUUGCUGCACCUCCACGGCCUUCCUCACCCAAACCCACCAGUGUCAAGCCAAAGGUGGGGACUCAUCCAAGGCGCUCAGUGACCCCACAGGUGCUUGCAGCAUCAAUGAUGUCUCGUGAAACUGAUCCAUCCCUUCUUGGAAAAAGUAUUCUCCAGUCCACUUUUUCAGAUGGGCACUGCUUUCGACCAGAUUUUGAUAUUUCAGUCAUUAAAGAGAAAACUGUGAUUGAAAAUGCAGUGGAGACGGAAAGAAAUUCAGAACAUGAGAAGAGGAUCGUUGAGAUGCAUACAUUUCUACUAGCAUACCUCACAGCUAAAAUGCAAAACCAUACUACAAAAUUCAAGGCUGAGGCAGAAGCAAAGAUCUUGAUGGAAAUGGAAGAAGAACACAUGCUGUGUAAUGAGGUUGAAGAAAAGAAGCGCCAGUACCUUCUGGCAGAGAGAAAAAGGCUGCUCAAUGAACUGUUGGAUUUGCAGAUUGAUAUACUGACACCUGUGGCAGAGGCUGCCAAACAGUUUACCAAGGACUACAAGUGUUUAGCAUCAGCCACUGACACCACCCGUCAUGAGCUGCCGGUCAAGAAUUUCUACACUGGGGAUGAUGGAAGAGCAUUUCUAGAUAAAGCUGAGUCUUGCCUGACGGAAACUGAGAAAUUGUUGCUGGAGUGUACACAAGGAAACCAUGUGGGCAACAGCACAACUUUGGGGUGCCUUAAGGAUAUGAAAAAAACAUCCAAAGAUAUCAGUCAUCAGCUGACAAGUGCAUUUUCUGAGCUGCUGGAGCUGUCAUCACUAGUCUGCCGUCAUUCGAUCCAUGUCCAACAGGCCACUGAAGAAGGAGAGCUCGGGAGUUCAAGAACCCAUGAACUCUUCUGUCGCAAAUGAAAAUACAACACAGUAUGGGAUACAGAGUACAUGCACUUUGGAUUUUCUUCAGAUUUCCCUGUUUUGGAUUUAUUUGUACUUUUGUGGCUUUUUUUUUCUUCAUGUCUUGUCUGAUUUGCGAUUUCACUUGUAUUGUAUGAGUGUAAAUAUUGACCAAGUGCAGAUGCAUUUUUAAAGAUAUGCUUAAUAAACAAAAUCAAAAUGUA